CACAAAUUUCCAUUUUACGGUAAAUGGAAAUAAAUAUCUUUUUUUCCCGAUUGCUUCGUCAUUAACUAUUCCAUUUCUCAUAUUUCUUCUUUCGUCAUCUCUUCCCUUUCUCUCUCAACAUUCCCAUUUAUCAUAUUCCUUCCCUAUUCCAUCGAUCUUUCUCUCCGCUUUUAUAUACAGAACUCAUCGGCCAUCAAUCCUUAGUCCCCGAUCUAUCAACGUUUUCGUUUCUUCGCUAUUAUCAGAGCACCCGAUUAGAUCUAUAGAUCGUGUUUUUGUUUCUCCAGAUUACGACAUCAUGUCGGAAGAACACAGACUUCAGGAACCACGAUUAUGCGCUAACGAUUGUGGGUUCUUCGGAAACACAGCUACGCAAAAUCUCUGCUCUAAAUGUUUUACAGAUCUAAAGCACGAAAAGGAAAACUCCUCCACAGCCAAAAACGCCCUCAAGCAGACUCUCGCCGCCGUUUCUACUGGCUGUGUUGCUUCCUCCUCCCUAUCCUCACCACCUCCUCCAGCGGAUCUGACGUCAGAUCUGAAAGAAGUCAACACAAAGAACCCAGAGAAAAGGUCAGCGACCAAGCCCGAGGAGGAGCAGAAGCCGGCCCAACAAGAUCCGAAACGUUGUUUAACUUGCCGGCGGCGCGUGGGGAUCACAGGUUUUAGGUGCCGUUGUGGGUUCGUGUUUUGUGGAAGCCAUAGGUACGCAGAGCAGCACGAAUGCACCUUCGAUUUCAAGCGGGUCGGGAAGGAGAAGAUCGCUAAGGCUAAUCCGAUUGUGAAAGCCGAGAAGCUCAAGAAGAUCUGAAAGAAUUGUAUUGGGUGUAAAUUUAUCAUCAUCAGUUUAAUCUUAAUUUGAUUUCUUCUCAGUUUGGCUAUAAAAUGAUGCGUUCUUUAGAUUCAAUAAAUUUUUAACCUGAUAUUAGUGAACAAUCG